GACAUGCAAUCUAGUUGGUCUUGCCGAAAGCAUGGUUGAUUUUUAUUAUUGAGGUUAAGGUUAUACAAAUAGUGAAUGAGUUGAUCAUUGAUUAUUGAUUUGUUAUUAUAUUAUUUAAUUUGAUACAGUGAAAAAUUGACAUAGUUAUUCUUGAAUAAAUUUAGUUUGUUACCCGUUGUAAAGUGAUUGUGAUUAAGUAUGAGUGAACAAAGUGAAGGUAUUGUAACAGCUCCAGUAGACAAUGCGUGGUCAAUGGAAAUUCCCAAAUUCAAGCCCGAAGAUAAUAAACAUGGAAUGUUGGAAGAAAGUUCGUUUGCGACGUUAUUCCCUAAGUAUAGAGAGCAAUAUCUUAGACAAGUUUGGCCACUAGUUCAAAAGUGUUUAUCUGAGCAUCAUAUAAAAGCAGAUUUGGAUGUUAUUGAAGGUUGUAUGGUAGUAAAAACAACUCGAAAAACAUGGGAUCCAUACAUCAUUAUAAAAGCUAGAGACAUGAUAAAGCUAAUGUCACGAAGUGUUCCAUUUGAACAAGCGCGUAGAGUUUUGAAUGAUGAUAUUGGUGCCGAUAUCAUAAAAAUAGGGUCGUUGGUACGGAACAAAGAACGAUUCGUAAAAAGACGUCAAAGAUUGAUUGGUGCUGGAGGUUGUACACUCAAGUCAAUUGAGUUACUGACGAAUUGCUACAUCCAGAUUCAAGGACAAACAGUUGCCGCUUUGGGACCAUAUAAAGGUCUUCAGCAGGUGCGAGAAAUUGUGGAAGACACGAUGAAAAACGUCCAUCCCAUAUACAACAUAAAAAUGUUGAUGAUCAAGCGCGAGCUUGCCAAAGAUCCAAAGCUGAAAAACGAGAACUGGGAACGAUUCCUGCCGAAAUUCGCGUCCAAGUCGAUCAGCAAGAGGAAAGAGCCGCUCAAGAAAAAGCCGAAGAAGAAGUACACCCCCUUCCCGCCACCGCAGACCGAGAGCAAAGUGGACAAGAUGCUGGCCAGUGGUGAGUACUUCCUAAAGGAGGACGAGAAGAGGAGGAAAAAGAAGGAGGAGAAAAUGAAGAAACAGGAAGAGGCAAACAAAUCUCGCCAGGAGAAGCGACAACAGGCUUUCGUACCACCCCAGGAAACACCUUUUUCCAAAGACAAUACUAAACAAAACUCAGUUGAUGUUGAGCAAUUGAAGAAAAAGUUGAGAAAGAAUAAAGUAAAAAAAUCGUAAGCAUUUCAA